AUGGAGGAGCAGCUAGUGCGUUUACUAGAGGAAACCCAGUCCUCUCACGAUCCCGUCCGCAAACAUGCCGAGUUCCAACUGCAACAACUGUAUUCGAAUCUGGCCUUUGCACCGGGCCUGCUAGCAAUCGCUAGCCAUGAGUCCGUACCCGUCAACACGCGACAAGCCGCGCUCCUAUCCCUUAAGACGCUGGUGCUGUCCGCCUGGUCUCCCACAUUUGACGAAUUCAAGGGGCAGAUACUGGUGACGGACGACACGAAGACACAGCUGCGGAGAGGGCUGCUGGAGAUAGCUACAAGCGAUGGGCAGGAGAGAAAGGUCAAGAGCGCGGCUAGCUAUGUGGUUUCCAAAAUUGCCCAGGCGGACUUCCCAGAGGAGUGGCCGGACCUCCUACCAAGCCUUCUGCAUGUCAUCCGCACCGGUUCGGACGCGCAGCUACACGGCGCGCUCAAGGUGCUCGGAGAAUUGGUGGAUGACUGCUUCAAUGACGAACAAUUCUUCAGCAAUGCGAGGGAUCUGGUCAAGGUCAUCUACGACGUGGCGGUCAAUGAUGGGAGGAAGCCGACGCUGAGGGCACUGGCCGUGUCCGUCUUCCGCAGCUGCUUUGACAUACUGGAGAUGGUUAUGGAAGACCACAAGGCGGCGGUGAAGGCCUUCGCGGAUGAAGCAUUAAGCCAUUGGACGCCCUUCUUCGUGGAUGUGAUGAAAUCACGGCUCCCUCCCCCACCGACAGAAGAGGAGGAGAACGCCGAUCAAGGCGCUGUCGAGAGACAUCGGGGCCUUGUGGCGCUGAAGCUCCAGGUCGUAAAGGUCCUCAUGAGGAUACGAGGGGUAUUUCCUUCCAUGCUCUCGCCGCAAAGUCCGCUCCUGUUCUCCGCAACAUGGGAGGAGCUGUCCGCUUUGCAGCCCGCAUAUCACCAGUUGUAUAUAGAGAGCGAGCGCCAGAGCCGGCUUGAAGACGCGGACGGACUACCCUACACCCUAGAUUUCCUUGUGCUUGAGGAGUUAGACUUUAUGCAAGCAUGUCUUCGAGCACCGCCGGUCAAGAAAGAGCUUGAACAGCAGCUGGCCAAGCAGAGCGGGAGCGAAUCGACAUGGGUUACAGAAGUCAUGAAGCUUGCUGUGGCCUACGCUCAGAUCACUACGGAAGAGGAGGGGCUGUGGAACUUCGACGUGAACGUGUUCCUCUCCGAGGAGACAAGUGUGACGGCCAACUACACGCCUAGGACCGCGUGCGGUGACCUCGUGAUCAAGCUCGGCGAAUGGCUGAGUGCGGCCACAGUCGAUGGGCUGCUAUCCUACACUCGAUCACUAUACUCUACGGAUCAAGGGUGGAAGGCGAAAGAAGCGGCUCUCUACGUACUGAAUCAGUUGUUGGGCGAUUAUCAGGACACGGACAAGCAUACAAGCCUCGAGGCUGCCAACGGGUUCAUUGACUUCAUCCGGUACGCCAUGCACCAGAGCGAAGAGUUCUUACGUGCUCGUGGUUAUCUUGUCGCAGGCAGCCUUACCAGGACGUCUGGAGAAGUGCUACACCCGGUCGCGGCGUCGUUCAUGGAAGCCUCACUACAAGCGAUUACUAAUGAUGAGUCUGAAGUCGUAAAGGUCUCCUGCAUAAGAGCACUGCAACAUUAUCUGCAGUCCCUCCCACCAGCCAUCACUCUUCCGCUACAGUCAUCAAUCAUGGCAGCGCUGUCAAAUUACCUCCAAACACAGGACCUGAGCGAGCUCACCGAGAGCGACGACCUGAUGGUAACGCUCGUCGAGACCCUGCGAGAUGCGAUCCUGCUCGACACCCGAGUCUGCCUCACAGGCGGCGGUCUCGACCUCCUCUUCAGCAUCGCAAGACACGGCGCCAACAACUUCCAACUAACGAUGCUCGUCAACGAGACCUUCGAAGAAGUCGUGAAGACAGUCGCCGCCCUCGGCAACGACGCCUACAUCCAGCUCUGCGCGAAAGUGCUGCCCUCGCUCUCCGGCGCCUUCGACGUCGGCACUCUGACCGAAGAAACCGCUCUGACGAACCUCGCCGCCGAUCUCCUCUCCCUGCUCGCUGAGAACGGCCACUCGCCCCUUCCGGAUGGAUUUAUUGCUUCCGUGAUGCCGAAGCUCCAGCGCUUGCUGCUUAACUCCACAGACGAGGAGCUCCUCCGAUCCGCUACUUGCGCGGUGAAGAACAUGCUCCAGCACGACGCGCCGCAGUUCUUCGCCUGGCAUGACGCGAGCGGCAAAGGCGGGCUAGAAGUCGUGCUCGUCAUCAUCGACCGCCUCCUGUCGCCCGCAGUCGACGACAACGCAGCGGCUGAAGUGGGUGGGCUGGCCGCCGAGCUGGUGGAGAAAGCCGGCAGCGAGCGUCUGGGGCCGUACCUGAUGCAGCUGCUCCGCGCGGUGGCGGUUAGGGUCGGCAGCGCGGAGACAGCGCAGUUCAUCCAGUCGCUGAUCCUGGUCUUCGCACGGCUGUCGCUGGUGAGUCCGAAGGAGGUGCUGGAUUUCCUCGCACAGGUGCAGGUGGGGAGCGAGAGCGGCUUGCAGAUCGUCAUGAGUAAGUGGUUAGAGAACUCGGUCAAUUUCGCUGGGUAUGAUGAGAUACGGCAGAACGUCAUCGCCCUCUCGAAACUCUACGUCCUUCAAGACCCACGCCUCUCGUCUAUAAUGGUCAAAGGCGACCUCAUCGUCCCACAAUCCGACCGCAUCAUGACGCGCUCACGCGCGCGCCAAAACCCAGACCGCUACACCAUCAUCCCCGCCCCCCUCAAAAUCCUUAAAGUCCUCGUCGAAGAACUGCUCUCCGCAUCCGGCAACCCGCGGACGCUUUCCUCCGCCGCUGCAGCGGCAGGCGAGCUCGCCGACGACGCAGAAAACAACAACAACAACAACAGCGAAGACGGCGACUGGGAGGACGACCCGGAUGAGCUGGAUCUCGGGCUUCCGGCGACCAAGGCAGAGCUCAUGGCGUAUGCGGGUGAGGACGGCGGAUCGGGGAGGCAGCGCGACGAUGAGACGCAGGCGUUCCUGAUGGAGUUUUUUAGGGGGAUUGCGGGGGAUGCGGCGUUUAGGGAGGUGUUUGCGGCACUGAGUCCGGAGGAGCAGGAGAGGUUGAGGGGGAUGAGUUGA